AUGGGACGACUUGAACAGAAUCCACUAUACAAGGCCCUUAGCAGUUCAAAUACAAGGCCUGUACGAUCACAUCAUCGACUUCCGAAGUCCGAGCGACUAGUUGGAAACCCAAUAGAAGAGGCAUUAAUUCGAGCAAAGGAGAAACCACUUAUCGAUGAGGAGAGAAAACUUCUGAAUAAUCCCCUUGCGGUGGCCCUGUUGAAAGGGAAAAGCAAGAAAAAUGAAGGAAGAUUCCGAAAUGGCAGAGGGGGAAGUUCACAUUCGAAUAAUACCAUACCGACCAGUCCUGCAGGCCCAAAUAGAUCAAGGAGAAGUAGGCAUCAGAAAAAUGAUGGAAGCUUCAACAGAACACGCGGGAGACACGAACACACAUAUAACAAACAUGCAAGAGAGCGUGUGAAGGAGAAUAGACACGAGAAACAUCAUAAAAGAACAGGUGAAAACAAAAGCCAAACCAAAGAAUUUAGUACCGAACUACAAACGCCGGAAAAAAUUGCAGCAGCAUUGAAAAAGUCGAAUGUUGGUGUUUGGAGCAGUAGCAACACAUCGGAGAAGCACGUGUCGUUUAAAGGGGCCUCGAAACCAAGCUUUCUACGGAUACAGAAUCUUCAACCUGGUGUGACAGAACUAGAUAUAGUGGAAAUCAUGUGGAGAUACGGUACUGUCCUUAAAGUGAUAACCAAGGAAAGUGUUUCGAGAAAUUACGGUAGGUCUGUGACCGCCGAAUUGUUCUAUGUAAACGAUGAGAGUAUGUGGAAGGCGAAAAAAGCCCUCGAUGGUGUGAAUGCGGAUAAUAGGAUACUUAAACUGGAAAUUGCUCAGGAUCCAGUAACAGUAACCAAUUCGGUGAUGUGGCGAGGUAUUACAUCUGAAGUGAGGGAAGCUAAGCGAAAUAGGAUGAUGUCAUUUUCACCAAAUCCUGCUGAUGGACUCGACUGA